AUGGAGAGGAUGGUUGUCCCCAAAUCAAAGAAACCCAAGCUUGCCGGCGACACUACCGCCGCCGCCCCUCUCAGCAUUUAUGACUCAUCGUCAACCGUUAAUGUUUCUUCUUCUUCUUCUCCUGCUCCCAAGCCUCGAAGCUCCACUUUCAGAGGUGUCACCAGGCACAGGUGGACCGGCCGGUUUGAGGCUCAUCUGUGGGACAAAACUAUCUGGAAUAGCACCACCAACAAGAAGGGCAAACAAGUCUAUCUCGGGGCUUACGAGAAAGAGGAAGAUGCUGCUCGGACAUACGACCUAGCUGCCAUCAAGUAUUGGGGGCCGGGAGCUGUCCUAAAUUUCCCGAUCGAGACACAUGCAAAAGACAUCGAGGAAAUGCAGAAGCUGUCCAAGGAAGAAUAUUUGGCUUCGCUGAGGCGCCGGAGCAGUGGAUUUUCUCGGGGAGCUUCGCAAUAUCGUGGGGUCGCUAGGCAUCAUCACAACGGUCGAUGGGAGGCGCGAAUUGGACGCGUAGCAGGAAAUAAAUAUCUAUACUUGGGAACUUACGCGACGCAAGAAGAGGCAGCGGCAGCGUAUGACCUGGCGGCCAUCAAGCACCGGGGGCCGAAUGCGGUGACGAACUUCCACAUAAGCAACUAUGUGGACAAGUUAAAAGAAAUGUAUCCGGAGCUAGAGGCAAAAUACAGCGAAAUGCCAAAUGCUGAGGAUGUGGAUCCGGCAUCGGACGAUCCACAAGUACAAGAUGUGCACAACCGCCACGACCAAGAUGGGGAGGGGGUCCCGUCGAGCAGCGUCAAGCCCGAGUCGGCGUUGAUAGAGUCGUCGGGCAACACACAGCCGUUGAUAUUGCCGGAGGAAGAGUAUUCAUGGGAGAUGUGCCCGUGCAUCAUCAACCCGGCCAUAUUACCCGACGCUCCUUUGGAGCGAUUUCUUGAGCCCAUCGACUGGAUUGAUGGGAAAACGUUCGUGGACAACAUCGAAGACUUUUUUGAUAAUGAAUUGAGCCGUGAGCCCGCUCGCGAUGGAACGUCCUCCCCGACUCGACAGGGCAUCGGCUUGUAG